UCUACAAAUUGGUUUACAAGGAGUUGUUCUUGUUUAUAAUGCUUUACUACAUGAUAAACAUUUUCUAUCGAUUCGCGAUGACCGAAAGCCAAAGAAGCAUCUUCGAACAAAUAGUGCUUUAUUGCGAUACGUUUGUCAAUCUGAUUCCUUUACCUUUCGUUUUGGGAUUUUUCGUAUCUUUGAUAAUGGGAAGAUGGUGGGAGCAAUUCCAAUCCAUUCCUUUGCCGGAUGAAUCGAUGAUAAUGGUGAACUCUUUGAUACAGGGUAAAGAUGAGAAAACUAGACUAAUCAGAAGAACCCUUAUGAGGUACCUUAACUUGACGUCCGUCCUAAUUUUCCGCUCUAUUAGCGCACCUGUUAAGAGGCGAUUUCCUGAUAUGGAAAGUGUUGUUGAGGCCGGAUUUAUGACUUAUAAAGAACUAAAGAUAUUUGAAAAUAUAACCACUCCCCAUUCAAAAUGGUGGCUUCCAUGCGUAUGGUUUUCUAAUUUAGUCGUUUGCGCUUACAACGAAAAAAGAUUAACCAAUGAUUAUUGUCUCCGAGUCCUACUCAUGCAGUUAGCAGAUUUUCGUAGGAAAUGUGCUGCCCUAUAUGCCUACGAUUGGAUUAGUGUUCCUUUAGUCUACACUCAGGUAGUGAGCCUGGCUAAUUACAUGUAUUUCAUAGCUAAUCUAAUGGGACGUCAAAUUUUGGAUCCAACUAAACGUUAUACCAAUCGGUUCGACAUAUAUUUCCCUGUUUUUACCUUUCUUCAGUUUCUCUUUUACAUGGGAUGGUUGAAGGUAGCGGAACAAUUGAUGAAUCCAUUUGGAGAAGACGAAGAUGACUUCGAAAUUAAUUGGAUUAUAGAUAGAAAUUUUCAAAUUUCCAUGCUGGCAGUUGAUGAAUUGCACUGCACUUUUCCUGACUUGGAAAAGGAUGUGUAUUGGGAUGACCCAGAACCUGAAUUGCCCUAUACCGAGGCUUCAAAAUUUUACAAGAAAAAUUCUUGGAUGGGAUCUACUGCUGAUAUUUAUUUAACGAGGGAUGACGUAAACGAGAUAGAUAAAGAUUUGUUAAGCCAAGAAAAUUUGAGAAAUUUGAACCCUUUCAAUAACUUUCACGAGGCCAUCCAUCGUUUAUCAUCAAAAUCAUUUGCCAGGAGCAGGAAAUCUAACCAUUCUAUCAAAAGUGAGAUUUUAGAGAGCCCCUAUAAAAUUCAAAUGGAUACAAAUUUAAAUCCUUUUUCAAGUCAAUAUCCUUCUUCCAGAUCAUCCAUCUCUAAUCAUUUCUAUCAAAAUGGGCUAGGGCCUAUCAAAGAACAAAGAUUCGAGGUGACUAAAAUCAAGGAUAACGAAAUCGCGCCGACUAAAAAUGAUAAAAUGAUGUUCAAUUUUAGCAACCAUAUCCAAAAUGAUCAGAACAUAGUAAAAAAACCUGUGAUUUUAGAUAAUGAUAGAUUAAAUGUCGAAACUAGCAUUCGUAAUAAUACUAAUACAAUUCCCGAAAACGAUUGCAUAACGAAUCCCGGUAAAAAAUUGAACAGCGAUUUAAAAAAUAUUUUCAACGAAAAUUUAAUCCUUCUCGCGGGCGGUAGGAAAAAGAAAAUAUCUGCCGCGGGGGAUAAUAAUAGUACAUUUAUGGAAUACGACAACGACCUGACUGUCAAGGGUAAUAUCUCCAACUUGGCCAAAUUUCACGACAAAAAAAUGCGAGAGAAGAUGCUAAGGGCUUCCGCGGGUUACGUGGCAGAAAAUUUUACUAAUAGCGAUACCCCUUACAUCAAAAAAGCCGUAUUGAAAGGGAGUGUUAGCUGCCCGCCUUUAGACGUUAAGAAGGUAAUCCAUCAACGAUUAACAGCAAAAUCUUCUAGCAAAAAUAUACUGAGAAAAUUGUCUUCUCACCUUAGAAAAUCGCCUUCUCCUAAAUCUUUGCGAGAAACGAAUAAAUUUAGCAUGCAUAACUCUUUGAUACGACAUUCAAGGAGAAGUAGGAGAAAGAAAAGGAGUAAAAGUAAGAAAUCGGAUGACGAUUAUCAUCCCUUUUUAGGUUCCAAAAACUAUACCACGAAUAAGCGGGUGCCAGCGAUUCAAAGAGCUUCCUUAACUUCUGAAAUAAAAUCCUUGGUAUUUCCCCCUACUAUGACUCACAAUAAAGAUUCUCAACUGCAAUCCAACAGCCCAUACAAUGAUAAUUUAGAUAAUCCGGACAGCGGCAUUGUAAAUAAUAAUCGCGCGAGAAAAGAAGGCAUUUCGUUUUCAAAUAAUACUUAUUCCUCAUAUAAAUUCUUAACUACUAAGAACCUAAGCGAAUCAAUCAGCAAUAGACAUCUUCCUACCCAAGACCCGCCACCUUAUGCUUUGAAAGCAUCCGCCAACCAGAGAAGUGCUUUCCCUCGCCACGCGAGCCCCAAAAGAAGUAUAUAUAAACGCCAAAUGUCGCUUCCUUAUAACGAAAGACUUUUGGAAGAGGACGAAAGUUACACCAAUAACAACUCUAGUUCUAUUGAAACAACCUGCGAUGAAAAUCAAUUAUUGCCUUACAAUAAUGCCGAAACUUUAAUUAAAAGUGGUAAUAGUGACAAGAAAAUAAAAGGAAUCGGUGGGAUAAGAAAUAUUAAAGAAUUAUUUAACACUAGCAGCAACGCUGAAUCUCAAUUGAAACCCGAAAAGGAGAUGCAAGUUGAUGCAUGCAAUAUGGCAUAUUUGGAAGAAAUUAAGUUAGAGUCAAAAAUUCCUGCGGCCUUUGGUACAAAUGAUAAAAAAAAUGUUCAGACAGAGUCCGUUAAUAAAGAUAAUAAUGCCUAUAAAAUAUUCGAAAUAGCAAAUAUCUAG